CCCCAUAUAUUCCGUGACGCCACAUUUCCCUCAACCAACACCCACUCUGCGCCAUACAAGGAGCCGUGUUUUUCAGAUCUCCACGGCCCAAUAUUUGUCGCUUAGAAACUUUCUGGUGUAAGCUCCCUUCCAGACAAAUAUUUCAGCUCCACCAUUCCCCUGAAUCCUCGCCCCAAAAACCUGUGCUCACUAGGUGUUUUGCCCUCGCGUGUCUCUUCGCUCGCACCCUGAUCCCAGCAUCGGCUGUAGAAACACCCCUUGUUUUUUCCCAAAAACAAACCACAAAGCUCUUUGCCGUCAAUGUCUCUGGAUCUAGGUAGCAUAGGCAUCUAUGAAGUGGGCCCAGAAAUCGGCAAGGGCUCCUUCGCCACCGUGUACAAGUGCCGAAACCCCAACACAAACCAGGCUGUGGCCAUCAAAAGCGUCGUCCGGCUGACACUCAAACUGAAGAGGCUCUUGGAGAACCUAGAGAUUGAGAUCUCCAUCCUAAAGUCAAUGAAACACCCGCACAUCGUCGGCUUGUUGGACUACUUGCAAACCGCGACCUACUUCUUUUUGGUCAUGGACUACUGCUCCAUGGGCGACUUGUCGUAUUUCAUCCGGAAAAGAGGCCAGCUCAUCAAAACCCACCCUGUGAUUUCCUCGCUCAUGCAAAGAUAUCCGAGUCCGGAAGACUCCCGCGGACUCAAUGCCACCUUGGUUGUGCACUUCCUUCAGCAGCUCAGUUCGGCCCUACAGUUCUUGAGGAGUAAGAGCUUGGUCCACAGAGACAUUAAGCCGCAAAACCUCCUACUCUGCCCUCCAGCACAUUCACAGCAAGAAUUUGACACCGGCAACUUCGCAGGCUUGUGGGAAUUGCCCAUUUUGAAGAUAGCUGAUUUUGGCUUUGCCCGGUUCUUGCCGUCAACCUCCAUGGCAGAGACCUUGUGUGGCUCGCCGCUCUAUAUGGCCCCAGAGAUUCUCCGGUACGAGAAGUACACGGCAAAUGCUGACUUGUGGUCUGUGGGUGCUGUAUUCUAUGAGAUGACCGUGGGUAAACCCCCGUUUAGGGCAGUUAAUCAUAUUGAGCUCUUGAAAAAUAUCGAGAAAUCACACGACAAAAUCAAAUUUUCCUCGUCCGCCCAUGUGCCUGAAUCGUUGAAGAGCUUGAUAAGGUCUCUCUUAAAGUACAACCCCACUGAAAGGGUCUCGUUCAAUGAGUUUUUUAAUGACCCAUUGAUUGUCAACAAGCUCGAGAGUAACAACAAACCAUUGGAGACAUCUCAUAUGGACGAAAACCUCUUUAUCAGCGAGUAUAUCUCUCCGAUCAAGGACUCUGACAGAGCCAAUUUCAUACAGCCUAUUCUGAGUGAUGACAAAUUCGAAGAAAAAGGUGCAUCCUUUUCUAAGCCCUUCGACAAUAAAGACAUACACAGAUCCCAUGUGCUGAUCCCAAGUCAUACAGUUGCGCCGCGAGACGAGCAAAUCAUGCUGAUUAUCACGAAGAACAGCCCCGAUCCAUCUUCAUCCACACGCUUCACACAACCAAGAUACAUGGAGAAGAGGCAUGGACCUGGAACAAAUAAAGAAGACAUCAUCUUGGAAAAAGAUUACGUGGUGGUAGAAAAAAGAGCUGUUGAAGUGAAUGCCAUUGCCGACGAAUUAGCGAAAGUCGGAACAAGAGACUUAGGGCGCCGCCGGCUGAACGCCAGCUCGGAAAGAGACGCUUUGAUUGCUCGCAGAAACUCACAACGGUCAAACUCUUCUGGAAGUCAACACGGUCUUUACGGGGACCGGAAAAUUUCUGUGUCCAUUUCUCCCUCUAAUGCAUUGGGAAAAGCCAUCACUUUGGCUUCCCAUAGAAUUUUCGGUAACACGACUGCUGAAAAUACUAUCCUCGAAGACGAGCAGGUUUCUGAUGGAUCCCGUCAAAGACAAGAGGGCUCGAGCUUGGAGUUCGAGAAUAAUCUUCUCCUAAAUAAAUUGAACUUGCCAAUCUCAAGUACGAUUGCUGCAAACGCGGCUCACGGAACAGAAGUGCUAUUUUCAGAGGAUGAGAAGUUUCUUAACAAUUUGGAGUCUCUAGCAACCAAAGCACAUGCAGUCAAUUUAUUUGCAGAUGUCAAGUUCAGUCAGUUGAUUCCUUCUCCACCCUCGGACAACACAGAUGAGGAUUUCCUUCAGCAUGACGAUAACCUACCACCCUCAAUUGUCAAGACCAUAUGUGAAGAGGGUGUUGUUUUGUAUGUUAAAACACUUUCAUUACUUGCUAAAGGUAUGGUAAUUGCUAGUGAGUGGUGGGGAUUAUACUAUGAGAAAGAUGACACUACAGACACGCGGCAGCUUGUCAAAUCUUUAAACUGCCAAUCUUUGGUAAAAAUCAACGAAUUAGUGCAAUGGAUACGAGAGAAGUUCAACGAGUGCUUAGAGAAAGCGGAAUAUAUCAAGUUGAGGUUGGAAGAGGCUCUUGAGAGCAUUUCUCAGUCAAACGCUUCUGUUUCGUCUCCACCCUUCAAUGAGAGCCGUAACAUGUAUAUCGGAGGCUCUGGAGGCUCUGGGGACUCUGGGGUUAAUGCUCAUAUUGUCGCAAGCAAAGUCAGCUCGGAGAAAUUGAUUUUUGAUCGAGCUUUGGAGAUAUCUAGAAAUGCAGCUGUCAACGAGCUUGUAAAGGAGGACUUGAAAGGAUGUGAGCUCGCUUAUAGUACUGCUAUUUGGAUGCUUGAAGCUUUACUUGAUGAGGAAGGUGCCGAAGAAGAGAGGCUAGACGCCGAAGACAAAGCCACGAUUGAGAGAUUUAUUGUCAGUAUCGGCAAUAGAUUGUCCGUUCUCAAGAGAAAGUUGGACUUGUUUUGAGCAACAUCCUUCAUUUAGACCGUGUUGGAGAUUCUUUUUUGUUUCCUCUCAACCCCUUCUCUAACUUUUUUUUUUAUAUAUUAUUUUUUUUCACUCACAGAGAGUGCAAAAUUGGGUACAUAGAUCGGGGAAUAUCAGGAUUAUUACUAUAAUUCUUACUGCAUUUCACUUUAUAAAACUUUUUGGUGACAGAACUAAAUAAGAAGUA